AUCUCUCGCUCUCUCGACCAGGAAGCCCCGCAGGCCCGCACGAAACUUUCUCUCUCUAGGUUUCCCCUCCGACCCUCUCGACUGUACCAGGUAGACUCCCCGUCCACCCGCCCCGCGAUUCGAGCCCUCGCGCAUCGAUACGAGACCCUUCCGCCGCAAAUUUCCGCGGCGGAGUUUCGUGACGGCUUUGUUUUCGGGACAUUCGAGUUGAUUGUUUUGGAGGUGUCGCUUCUAGGGUUGAGUGAGCUUUGUUGGAUUUUUGUGCGACGACGGUGUUGUGUUAAUUGGAGGUUGAAAGAAUUGUAGCUGUUUGAGGCGGCAAGGGAGGGCUGCAGAAGCACCUGCGCCGAGCCAUGGAUAAGGGGCUCUUCGCCAACGACGGCUCCUUCAUGGAGAGGUUCAAGCAGAUGCAGCAGGAGAUGCAGGAGAAGGCCGCUUCCGCCGCAGCCUCAUCAGCUGAGGCUCCCAAGCAUGCCAACCCCAAGCCAGGGUUUGCUGUUGCGGCGAACAAGAGGCCGUUCGAGCUGAAGAAGGCUGGUCCGGCCGCCAUGGGCGGGAAGCUUGCCUUCAGCCUGAAGAAGGCCAAGGUCGCGGUCGCGCCUGUUUUUGCGGCCGAUGACGAGGAUGAGGAUGCGGCGGAUGUGGAGAGGGAGGAGCCCGCCAAGCGCCAGAAGUCUGUGCAAGCUGAUGCUCCUGUGGUGGCUGGCCUGGCUGGGGCUGUUGCCCCACCCCCACCAAAUGAUAUGACAGUGAAGCAAGUUGCUGACAAAUUGGCAAGCUUUGUUGCAAAAAAAGGGAGACAGUUUGAGAACAUCACACGGCAGAGGAAUCCCGGAGAUACACCAUUCAAGUUUCUAUUUGACAAACACUGUCCAGACUACAAAUAUUAUGAGUUUCAGCUUGCUGAAGAGGAAAAGGCUCUUGCUCAGUCAGAGCAGGCUGAAGCAUCAAAAAAUGUUAACUCUAGCACUGCAAGCUUCAAAGCACCAGGUGGUCCGCAUAGAAGCUCAUUUGAACAAAAAUCUAACUAUCAGACACCUGCAUCAGCCCUGUAUGGGGCAUAUGAGGAUCAUUCUUCCCAAGGAAGCUCAUCUAGCAACGGUGAUCGCAAUAUGUCUGUGCCGUCAGAUCCUGUAGCAUUGAUGGAAUUCUAUGCGAAGAAGGCUGCACAGGAAGAACGGAAGAGGCCACUAAGGCAAUCGAAAGAUGAAAUGCCACCACCUCCUUCUCUUCAAGGUCCUCCUAAGAAGGGACACCACAUGGGUGACUUCAUUCCUCAAGAAGAACUUGAAAAGUUCAUGGCACGUUGUAAUGAUGCUGCAGCACAAAAGGCUACGAAAGAAGCUGCCGAGAAGGCCAAGAUUCAGGCAGACAAUAUUGGGCACAAACUUCUAUCUAAGAUGGGUUGGAGGGAAGGUGAGGGUCUUGGUAGCGAGAGAAGGGGCCGUGCAGAUCCCAUUAUGGCUGGAGAUGUGAAGAAGGAUAAUCUUGGUGUUGGUGCUGUCAAGCCUGGUGAAGUCACAUCUGAAGAUGACAUCUACGAGCAAUACAAGAAGCGAAUGAUGCUUGGAUACCGCUAUAGGCCAAACCCUUUGAACAAUCCAAGGAAAGCAUACUACUGAUACAGGGGAGUUCGUCUGAGGGGAGAUCAGAAAAGCCAAGAAGUUCGUUUAUUCAGCAUAUUUCUUGGAAUGCCACAGAUCUGAGGCUUCCGAGGGGUUCUACCGUAGCUUUGUUCUUUGUGUAGUGUUGACCAGUGUUGCUUUAGAUACACUUCCACUGUGCUGUGUUGAAACGUGGAUCAUGUUUCAAACAGUGAUGUAUUGGCCUUCUUGGAUUACAAUGUAUCCUUCCUGACUAUUCAUCCUUCUGUUGGGAUUUGCUUUGCCGCUAUAUCAUAUAUUCAUAUUUCAGUGAUCA